UUCUUUCUCAUCGCUGGUUGAUGGAUGACCGGAGCUUGCCACGCUUUCACCACCGGCGGCCUAACAAGAAACGCUAACCCUAAUUCCCCCUUCGCAUCAUAAGCCAAACUUUCCGAGCUACGAAUUACGCUUCGGAGCUGAGAACUUAUCCAUAUCUGUAGAGACGGAGACGAAGACUAGGUUUGCGGGGAUAAGGAGGCGGCGCAACGAUGUCCCCGUGGAACAUACCGCAGUGGGCGAGGAAGAAGCUGCUUCAGUUUAUGUUGAAGAAGAAACUAGGGCAGCUGAUUUUGGGGGAUAUUGAUCUUCAUCAGCUUGAGCUCGGGCAAGGCGCUAUCCAGCUAAAGGACCUCGCCCUUAACGUUGAUUAUCUCAAUGAGCAGUGGGGUGCCCAGUCGUCUGUGAUUAUAAAGGAAGGAUCAAUAGGCUCUCUUUCUGUUAAAUUGUGCCGGAAGGAUAAUGGUUUCGAGAUUGAGAUUGAAGUGGACGAGCUUGAGCUUGUGCUUGGACAAUGUUUAGAGAAUGAAUCAUCUACCGAUGGUGAUAAAUGUCGUGCGACUCAAGAUAAAAUGUCCUUGAUGCAUGGUGAGCCUGGAAAACUAGGCAAUGAUUUCGACCCGGUAGCAAAAUCCGGUUCUGCUGACAUCCAUGAAGGUGUAAAGACGAUCGCGAAAAUGGUUACAUGGUUAUUGACCAGCUUCCAUGUUCAGAUAAAAAACUUGCUGGUUGCAUUUGAACCUUACAAGGAAAAGUAUGAUAAGGAAGUAGGCUGCCGCAAAAUCUUGGUCUUACGCGUAGCUGAAGUGGAAUUUGGGAGGGGUGAUUCUGAAGAUGGUUCUUCAACUUCUAAUGGAACCACUGACGACUUCCUAGGAAUCAGUCAGCUAGCAUACUUCCUAAAAUUUCAAGGAGCGGUACUUGAACUACUGGAGAUGGGUGAUGCCAAUAGUGAAUCUGAACCACUAUCAGCUUCAGUUUUUGGUGAGGUGCUGUCGUCAGACUUUACCUCAAAUCAGACAAUUCCGAUCAUGUUGGGUAAUGAGGACGGAUUUUCUGGGCAAUUGAAGUUGAGUAUCCCCUGGAAUAAUGGUUCCCCAGAUCUCCGCAAAGUGGAUGCUGAUGUUCGUAUUGAUCCUGUGGAAUUAAGGCUUAAGCCUGGUACACUCAAAUGGUUUCUUCAUGCAUGGGAGAGUUUUAAGAUCUUGAACAAGGAUUGUGUUCCCAAUACACAGUUCAAGUCUACGGACUCUGUUUACUUCAAUUCAGCUUCUCAUUUUUAUUCAUCAACACGAAGUUCUUCUUUCAUUCCAGCCGAAAAGUUGCUUUCAGCUUCAGGAAGUUCUUCAUUAGGACAACAGUCAUUCAGUGAUUCUGUUCUUCCUGGAUCGCAUCUUAUACCUGACUGGAUGCCAAAAUCUGUUACAGAUGGUGUGCAAGAUCUUGACCUUGGGGCAAGUGUGGACCAGUUUUUUGAGUGUUUUGAUGGACUUAGAAAUUCACAGUCAGCUUUGGGGAGUAGUGGGAUGUGGGGCUGGACAUGCUCGGUAUUUGGUGCUUUAACUGCAGCUUCUAGCCUUGCUUCUGGUUCUUUCCUCGUUACAUCUGAGAAGCAGCAUAUACAGACCAAUCUCAGAGUCUGUUGGACGGGAAUUUCAAUUAGUUUGUUCUUCCAAGAUGAAGACGAACAAUAUUGCUGUGAAUCAAACAGUGAUCGAAGUGAUAGUGCUUCAGAUGUUCAUCAUGUGACUGCUGAAUGCAAAGAUAUUUCUUUUGUUGUGCAGGUAAGUCCUCAAGAAAUGAGAAUUGAUGGCACUGUGAGAUGUAUCGAGGUAGUUGAGAUUUCAGACAAUGGAAAAGAUGGCAGACACGUGGCUGGGUCUUCUAAUGAUGGGCAUGAUCAGACUCUUCGGAUUCAAAAACUACAAGCUACUUUACAUGGUGCUCUCCCUCAUAUUGGCCCGCCGGAAAAUGCUGCGAAUUCAGAUGAUUGGAAUACACUUGAUGGUUCAGAUAUUCCCCCUGGAAAAACAAAAAUCAAAUUGCUCAGUACAUCUGGCAUCACUCAUUGCCAAUAUGUUGUGAAUUCAGAUCCAUCCAGUCGUGAUGCAAAAAUGCCAGCAGCAUUUUCAUUGACUCUCCCACACUUCACGUUUUGGGUGAACUUGAUAUCAAUAAAGAUGUUAAUGGAUCUUGCGAAGGAUGUCGGAAGCGUUGCUAAUACCAGUCACCAGAAUGAUGGAUUAAAAUCUGCGCAUGAGAAACGUGGCUCUUCAGUUCAUGAAUCGAAAAGAACUGUCGGUGCAUCAUCCUCAGCUCAAAACUGGCAAGGUAAUAUCUCCAUUACCAGUGCCCGGAUAAUACUCUGUUUUCCGUUAGAGGUGGACAAAGGAAUCCAAAGCCGCUGUUCCUGGGAUCAAUUUAUUGCUAUUGAUUUGUCUUCACCAUCUGUUACGGAUGAGUGGAAAGAUCAGGGUCAUGGUCGUGUAGCUGAUUCCAACUCAUGGAAAAGAUAUAUUUCAAGGCCUGCAUGGUCUGUGCACGUGUCUGUUGGUGAUCUAGGGAUUUAUCUGGUCAAUCAGAAUGAUUCUGUAAUUAUACCCCGCAAGAAAUUUUUCGUACAGAAGGUAUUAUCUCUCAGCAAUAGAGCUGGGUGUCUUUCAAAAAUCAGCUUAUUAUGUCAAGAUAGUGUUCUAACUGGUCCUUGGGUUACUGAGAGGGCCAAGUCCAUGGCUACCUCAGAAGAGUCCAGGAUGAGAGAAAACUCUGUAGCUAGAGGGCACGAAUUUGCCACCGUAACUGCUGUGAAAGACAUGGAGGAUAUGAAUUCUCGAACUCGAAGGGACAUGAUACUGACUUCUGCUGUUUUUCUGCAUGUUCAUCUACCCCCUUGCAUUGUUGAUUUGGACAGUUCUCAGUAUCAUACUCUAGUUCAUCUUAUUGGUCAGAUGGUAAAUACCCUAUCACAGGGAGCCUGUGAAGCAAUUAAUCUCGAGGAAAAACCAUCCGUGUCUCAGACAGCAGUCCUAGUAGAGUGUGACUCUCUAGAAGUUUCAAUUAGACUAGAUGCAAGGGAGGAAACAGCAAGUUCCUUACAAAGUGAACUUCCUGGAUCAUGGCUAUAUUUCAAGCUGAAAAUUCGGAAAGUCGAGUUUAUGUCUGUCUCCAAUAUUGGUGGCAUUAAAGAUGCUAAUUUGUUGUGGGUAACCCAUAGAGAAGGUAAACUGUGGGGUUCUGUCACCAAGGUUCCAGGCAAGCUGUUUGUUCUGAUUUCUUGUAGUAACUCUUCCAGGAAACGUGGGGAUGGAAGCGGUUCAAAUGCAUUAUCUUCACGGUGGGCUGGUUCUGAUAUUGUCCACCUAUGUGAUCCAGGGGAUUUGCAUUCAAUUACAUCCAUUACCAUCAGAUGUGCAACCAUUGUGGCAGUUGGUGGACGGUUGGACUGGCUUGAUGCAAUAAUCUCCUUCUUCACUUUGCCCUCUCCUGAAGUUGUGAAAGCAGAUCAUGAAAAUCAGCAGAAGGCUCUCCAUGCCUCGCAUCGAGUGUCUUUCCUUCUUAAGUUGGUUGAUGUUGGUUUAAGUUAUGAGCCCUAUUUGAAGAGUUCACUAUCAGUGGUUCACAGUUCUAUUUCCAGUUCAUCAAAUGCAAAAGAGGAUACUGUUGGGCCAUAUUUUGGUUGUCUACUAGCUGCUUCUUCUUUGAUAAUUUCCAGUACUGCUUUGGAAGAUUCUGUGGACAAAGAUUAUAAAAUAAGAGCACAAGAUCUAGGAUUCCUUCUUUCUAAGGCACUGCAAAAUCCUGGUGCUAUCUACAGUGUGGAUUAUCUUCGUGAGAUGGGAUAUGUUAAAGUUUCUCAAGAAGCGCUUGUAGAAGCCAUUUUGAGAACUAACUGCGAGAAUGGUCUUCAAUGGGAGUUAGAGUGUUCAAAGCUCCAUAUCUGGAUGAACACUUGCCAUGAUACUACUUCAGGCCUGACUCGACUGGCUAGUCAACUGCAGCAACUUUUUGCUCCUGAUUUGGAGGAAUUGGUUGUGCACUUGCAGGCUAGGUGGAAUAAUUUUUGUGUGGACCAAGAGAAGAAUAAGUUCAAUGAGGAAGGUAGGGCUGAAACUCAAGAUUCUACCUUACCAACUUCUGAGGUGCUUACACCUAGUGCUUUCACCAAGAAUGAAGCCUUGGCAGUUGGUUUGAUGGAUGAGAUAUGUGAAGAUGCAUUUUGCUUGGAUGGAGAACAGGACUGUCAACAUGGUUCCAGUGGAUCAAAUUGUCAGUUGCCACCUGGUGAAAGCUUCAUUGCACAGCGUUAUGGAGCUGGUGCUGAAGCUAACGAUACUUGCUUGGAAGGUGCAUCUGGUGAUUGUUCCGUGUCUCUAGUAGGGGCAGAUAGUACGGAAGGAUCAUUUUUGGUGAAUGGUUCUUUACCAGAAUUUAUAGAAAGCUAUUGCAUAUCUGACUUGCGCCCUUUGUCUGGGUUGUCAAUUGGCUGCCAAUCUUCAUCUGAGCAUUUCGGCGACAGGGAUCUUGCACGAGGAAAUAGUGGAUGGUAUGGGGAGGUUCCCUUAAGCAUUGUCGAGGACCACAUUUCUGAUGUUAGUGGGAGUGGUAGCUUGAACCAGUCUCUUGAUGACAGGUUUCCUGGGAGUGCCUCUUCAAUGCCUGAUGAAUCUGUAAAGGCUAUAGGACGUUUACUUCUCAAGGAUAUUAAUGUGAGCUGGAAAAUGUAUGCUGGUACUGACUGGGGUGCAUACAGUAUGAAUGAUGACCCUUCUAAACGUAAUUGUGGAAGGGACACAACUACUUGCCUAGAGGUUUCAUUAUGUGGGAUGGAGCUGCAAUAUGAUUUGUUCCCACUGAGGGGACUAUGUGCAUCUAAGAUGUCACUUUCCAUUCAGGACUUCUAUCUUUAUGACAAGAGCAAAAAUGCACCUUGGAGACUGAUGCUUGGAUAUUACUAUUCGAAAGAUCAUCCUAGGACAUCAUCUGCUAAAGCAUUCAGGUUGGACUUGGAAGCUGUAAGACCAGAUCCACUGAUACCUUUAGAAGAAUACAGGUUACAAAUCUCACUCCUUCCAAUACGAGUGCAUCUUCAUCAAAGCCAGCUGGAUUUUCUUAUUAGCUAUUUUGGUCCCAAAGGAUUGUCGGCUGAUCUGUCUUCAGAUAGUCAACAAAAUUCAGGUUCUGUCGAAUCAUUACCAAUUAGUGGUGCCGACCUUGCUGGUCAUUCCAUUGCACCAGAGGCAUUUCUUCCUUAUUUUCAGGCAAGUACCAUUAAACUGAUACGUUAUUUUUCUGGAAGCUGGAUAUCUAUAUUCUAUUUUAUCUGUUCUUUCGUUCAAAAAUUUGAUAUAUGCCCUAUUCUUCUACGGGUCGAUUACACACCCAGUCGUGUUGAUUUAGCAGCAUUAGGAGGUGGGAAGUAUGUGGAACUUGUGAACCUUGUCCCCUGGAAGGGUGUUGAACUUGAGCUCAAACAUGUCCAUGCAUUUGGAGUCUAUGGUUGGGGCAACAUAUGUGAAACAAUUUUGGGGGAAUGGCUUGAAGAUAUUUCGCAAAAUCAGGUACGCAAAAUCUUGCGAGGUCUUCCUACGAUACGAUCCUUAGUUGCUGUUGGCUCUGGGGCUGCAAAGCUUGUGUCCCUGCCAGUUGAGAGCUAUAAGAAAGAUCAACGAGUAGUCAAGGGAAUGCAAAGAGGUACAGUUGCAUUUCUUAGAAGUAUAUCGCUUGAAGCUGUUGGACUUGGAGUGCAUUUGGCUGCAGGAGCCCAUGAUAUCUUACUCCAAGCCGAGUACAUCCUCACGGCCGUUCCUUCUCGUCAGGUAUCCUCAUCGUCUUCCACCGCACAGGGUAAAAAGAAGUCGAAUGUACGAAGCAAUCAGCCAAAAGAUGCCCAGGAAGGAAUGCAACAGGCAUAUUCGAACCUAAGUGAUGGCCUGGGGAAAUCGGCUUCUGCAUUAGUUCGGACACCGUUGAAAAAAUACCAAUACGGGGCCAGUGCUGGGUCUGCCUUGGCCACUGCAGUACGGGGAAUUCCUGCUGCUGCUAUAGCUCCUGUCUCUGCUUGUGCAAGUGCUGCGCAUUCUGCUCUUCUCGGCCUUAGAAAUAGCCUCGACCCUGAGCACAAGAAAGAAUCAAUGGAGAAAUAUCUAGGACCAACUCAGACACACAACAGAGAUUGAAGGCCAAAUGAUAAGUCACUACGAUGUGCCUGCCCUCGUCUCCUCCUGGGAAUAUAAUCGAUGGUGGUAGAUCUCGAGUGACACCCUGAGAGAAAAAAUCAAAAGUGAAUUGGAACGCAGAGAUCUCUCAACUAAGUUUCGUAUUAACAUCCGAGCUUUUCUGAAGAAGCCGCAAAUGGUUUCGUAGCUUGAGAAUAUCUGUCAGUUCAAGUUCCCGCACCCCGGUUUUCAGGUGUACAGAUGUAUAUAAACCAUCUACCUGCGCAUCCUUUUGCGGCAAACAUAGCAACUCUUGUACAUUCGUUGUAGAUAAAUUCGUGCUUGUUGCACAGGAGGGUGUUCAUUUAUCCAGUUAACCCAUGAAUGUAAUUAUUUUGAAUGCUUGGCAGUCUGUUAUUCUUUCUUUCGUUUUUCGGUUUAAACUACAGGAUUCGAGCAUUGAUUAUUCCGGAAUUGCGAUGUAAAUGGCCUGGAAUGUGUCUGUUCAUUGUACAUAAAGCUGUAGGGAAGAUUGAUCCGUGUGUUUGAUUGGUAAUAGUGUGGAGUAUGUGCAUAUUAUGGGAAUGAGACAGAAACUAAAGGGAAGAUUGAUCUCUUUCUCUUUUUAAACAUACUCAGGUGAAUGAGAUCAAAUCAUGAACAAUAUAUAAGCUCUGGCCUAUUAUCUUUGGU